AGUACGAGUCCUCUGAAAUCUGAAAUUCUUAUAUCAGAGGACGAUCCAGAGAUUGAAGAAGAAGAAGAGGAAGAAGAGGUGCAUAGUCCACAGUUGCUGAACUGUAACUGGAUCUGGCACGAAUCGAAGAGCACAAAUGGUGCGAGCGCGCGAUUGAAGAAGACUCGCGAAUCCAGAGAUCCGCGUAACCACCACCAUCUCCGUUCACGAUUCGCCGGACUCAACAAUGGACAAGUCAAGCGCUCUGGAGUACAUCAACCAGAUGUUCCCAAACGAAGCAUCGCUAUCUGGUGUUGAGCCACUCAUGCAGAAAAUCCAGAACGAGAUUCGGACUGUUGAUGCUGGAAUCUUAUCUGCUGUUCGCCAACAGAGUAAUUCAGGAACCAAGGCGAAAGAAGAUCUCGCUGCCGCUACGUGUGCCGUUGAGGAACUUAUGUAUAAGAUUCGAGAAAUAAAAACUAAAGCUGUACAGAGUGAAACGAUGGUUCAAGAAAUAUGUCGUGACAUUAAGAAAUUGGACUUUGCAAAGAAGCAUAUAACUACCACUAUCACUGCGCUCCAUCGUCUUACGAUGCUUGUCUCUGCUGUUGAACAGCUUCAAGUCAUGGCUUCAAAACGCCAAUAUAAAGAGGCAGCUGCACAAUUGGAGGCAGUGAACCAGUUAUGUAGCCAUUUUGAGGCCUAUCGAGAUAUUCCAAAGAUCAUAGAGCUGAGGGAGAAGUUUAAGAAUAUCAAGCAGAUCCUCAAGUCACAUGUGUCUUCUGAUUUUUCGAGCUUAGGUACUGGAAAGGAGACAGAAGAAACCAAUUUGUUACAGCAGUUGUCUGAUGCCUGCUUGGUUGUUGAUGCAUUAGAGCCUUCUGUCAGGGAAGAGUUGGUAAACAAUUUUUGCAAUAGGGAGCUUACUUCGUAUGAGCAAAUUUUUGAAGGAGCCGAACUGGCAAAGCUGGAUAAAACUGAACGAAGAUAUGCAUGGAUUAAGCGCCGAAUGAGAUCAAAUGAAGAAAUUUGGAAAAUCUUUCCAUCUUCAUGGCAUGUUUCUUAUAGGCUCUGUAUACUAUUUUGCAAAAAGACGAGGAAACAACUUGAAGACAUUCUUGCUAAUCUAAAGGAAAAGCCAGAUGUUGGGACCUUGUUGCUGGCUUUGCAGCGAACUUUAGAGUUUGAGGAUGAAUUGGCUGAGAAAUUUGGGGGAGGAACUCAAAACAGAGAAGUUGCGAAUGCAAUUGAAGAAAUAGGUCGAAGUGCUAAUUCUAGCAGUAGUGCUUCUGAUAUCAGGAAGAAAUAUGAAAAAAAGCUUGCUGCGCAACAAGGAAGUGAGAGUGAAGAGAAAGAUGGAAGUAAGGAUCUGGCUGUGCCUGGAGCUGGGUUCAACUUCCGUGGAAUUAUUUCAUCUUGCUUUGAACCUCACUUACAAGUAUACAUAGAAUUGGAAGAGAAGACGCUAAUGGAAAGUCUGGAGAAACUUGUUCAGGAGGAGACAUGGGAUAUUGAGGAGGGAGGUCAGAGUAGUGUUUUGUCCAGUAGCAUGCAGUUAUUUCUUAUAAUUAAGAGAAGCCUGAAGAGAUGCAGUGCUUUGACAAAGAACCAGACACUAUAUAAUUUGUUGAAGGUUUUCCAAAGAAUUCUUAAAGCAUAUGCUACAAAACUCUUUGCAAGACUCCCAAAGGGGGGCACGGGAAUUGUUGCUGCAGCCACAGGCAUGGAUGGACAGAUAAAGACAUCUGAUAGGGAUGAAAGAGUGAUUUGCUAUAUUGUCAACUCAGCCGAAUAUUGCCACAAAACGGCUGGUGAACUAGCUGAAAGUGUUUCUAAAAUUAUUGAUCCUCAAUUUGCAGAUGGGGUGGAUAUGUCAGAAGUACAGGAUGAAUUUUCAGCUGUUAUAACUAGAUCAUUGGUAACCUUAGUGCAUGGCCUGGAAACCAAAUUUGAUAUUGAAAUGGCUGCGAUGACACGCGUUCCAUGGGGUACGCUUGAAAGUGUUGGCGAUCAAUCAGAAUAUGUUAAUUCUAUAAAUUUGAUUCUAACCACUAGCAUUCCUACACUUGGAAGUCUUCUUUCACCUCUAUACUUCCAGUUUUUUCUUGACAAGCUUGCAUCAUCUCUCGGUCCACGCUUUUAUUCUAACAUUUUCAAAUGCAAGCAAAUAUCAGAAACUGGAGCUCAGCAGAUGCUUUUGGAUACACAAGCUGUUAAGACAAUCCUUCUUGAAAUUCCUUCCCUUGGUAGACAGACAUCAGGUGCUGCUAGUUAUUCCAAGUUCGUAAGCCGUGAGAUGAGCAAAGCUGAGGCUCUUUUGAAGGUUAUACUUUCUCCAGUUGAUUCUGUAGCAGAUACCUACCGUGCAUUGCUACCUGAGGGUACACCCAUGGAAUUUCAGCGAAUAUUGGAGCUUAAGGGUCUCAAAAAAGCUGAUCAACAAAGCAUACUAGAUGACUUCAACAAACAUGGACCUGGCAUUAAGCAAACUCAGGUUUCGCCUGCAAUUGUACCUGCUCCACCUGUAGCUCCUGUGGUACCUAGCCCCGCAGCUGUCGGACUCGUCGCUUCCCGGGAAGAUGUUCUAACUAGGGCGGCUGCUCUUGGACGUGGAGCUGCCACCACAGGGUUCAAGCGGUUCCUAGCUCUAACCGAAGCUGCCAAAGACAGGAAGGAUGGGCCUUUCCGAAAGCUUUUUAAUCCGUAAUGAAGAGAGUGAUACAGAUACAACCCAAUUUUUUUUGACAGAGACCAAGAAGCUUUUACUUUCUUAUCCCCCUUUGUCUAAUUUAGUGUUCUGUUUCUUUUUGUUUAUCUUCUCUGAUUCUUUUUGUAAGUUUAAUGUCAUGUUUAUCUAUAUUUCACUCAAUCAAAUGGAAGCUGAUUUUGCGAAUAAA